GCGUCUGCGUGUCCCGUGUGAAGGCUUUUUAAACAUUUUAAACAUUUGUGUUUAACUUCAUUUUUUUAAUAAAAACAUUUUUCAGGAGUCAGUGAAGAGAUUAUUGUCCCACUCACAAAACCGCUGCCGAGCGGAAGAUGGCGGUCGGGAUGCUGCUGUGACCCAGGCUGGAUUGCGAGGCCGUAUCCCAAACGGCUCGGUAUUAGACGCUUGAGUGUGCUACCUAGAGCGCGGGAUGUAUUUGCAUCACACCCUAUGUAGGGACGCUUCACAGGGCGUCAGGGAUGCGUUUGGGAUACAGCCCAUGAGCGGGUCUUCCUAGCCAGAUAGCUAGGCUGGAAAAAAACGGCACAGCAAUUAUGUUGGAGUUUUGAUGAGUUGCUGCUCGGGAAUGGUGGGGAUGGUUUUAAAAGGGGUUUUUAAACACCUUCUUUUUGUCUUCAGACAUUGUUUUUGUGCUCCUGGAGACUCGCCGGAGACUUUUCUUUGCGUUAUUCUUCACAUUCACAUUACGGCUAGUUCUCCUGUACAGGGUCACUGAGACACUAAAGUGGAUUAAAAUGUCGGAUACGAAGGUAAAAGUCGCGGUCCGAGUCCGGCCCAUGAACCGCAGGGAGAUUGAGCUGAGCACCAAAUGUGUGGUGGACAUGGAGGAGAACCAGACCAUCCUUCACCCUCCACCAUCCAACUCCAAGGGAGAAAACAGGAAACAGUCCAAGGUGUUCGCAUUCGACCACUGUUUCUGGUCCAUGGAUGAGUCCAACAUCCCCAAAUAUGCAGGUCAGGAGGUGGUCUUCAGGUGUUUGGGUGAGGGGAUCCUGGAGAACGCCUUUCAGGGAUACAACGCCUGCAUAUUCGCCUACGGACAAACAGGCUCAGGGAAGUCGUACUCCAUGAUGGGGAGUGUUGAUCAGCCCGGUUUAAUCCCGCGUCUCUGCUGCUCGCUGUUCGAGAGAGUCAGCCGGGAGCAGAGCGACUCACACACCUUUAAAGUAGAAGUUUCCUACAUGGAGAUUUACAACGAGAAAGUGAGAGACCUCCUGGACCCCAAAGGGAGUCGUCAGUCUCUGAAAGUGAGGGAACACAAGGUUCUGGGUCCAUAUGUAGACGGUUUGUCUCAGCUGGCAGUAACAAGCUUCCAGGAUAUUGAGUGUGUGAUGUCAGAGGGUAAUAAAUCUCGAACAGUCGCCGCUACGAACAUGAACGAGGAGAGCAGCCGAUCUCACGCCGUCUUCAGCAUCAUCAUCACACAGACACUAUACGACCUGCAGUCUGGGAACUCAGGAGAGAAGGUGAGUAAGGUGAGUCUGGUGGAUCUGGCUGGCAGUGAGCGUGUGUCCAAAACUGGAGCAGCGGGCGAGAGACUGAAGGAGGGCAGCAACAUCAACAGAUCUCUGACCACUCUGGGCUGUGUGAUCUCGGCUCUGGCGGAUCAGUCAGCAGGAAAAGGCAAAAACAAGUUUGUCCCGUACAGAGACUCGGUCCUGACCUGGCUACUGAAGGAUAAUUUGGGAGGGAACAGUAAGACGGCCAUGAUCGCCACGGUGAGUCCUGCAGCAGAUAAUUACGAGGAGACUCUGUCCACGCUACGCUACGCCGACCGCGCCAAGAGGAUCGUCAAUCACGCCGUGGUCAACGAGGACCCCAACGCUCGCAUCAUCAGGGAACUGAGAGAGGAAGUGGAGAAGCUGAGGGUGCAGCUCACUCAGGCCGAGUCUCUGAAAGCCCCUGAGCUGCAGGAGAAGCUGCAGGAGUCUGAGAAACUCAUCCAAGAAAUGACCAUCACCUGGGAGGAGAAACUCAGGAAGACCGAGGAAAUCGCACAGGAGAGACAGAAGCAGCUGGAGAGUAUGGGAAUCUCUCUGGAGUCCUCAGGGAUUAAGGUUGGAGAGGAUAAGUGCUUCCUGGUCAACCUGAACGCUGACCCCGCCCUUAAUGAGCUGCUGGUUUAUUAUCUGAAGGAGCACACUCGUGUGGGAGCGGACACGUCUCAGGACAUCCAGCUGUUUGGAAUCGGGAUUCAGCCAGAGCACUGCGUCAUCGAUAUCGCUCCCGACGGAGAUGUCACACUCUGUCCUGUAGAGAACGCCAGAACAUGUGUGAAUGGGACUGUAGUUUACUCCACGGUGCAUCUGUGGCACGGAGAUCGCAUCUUAUGGGGCAAUAAUCACUUCUUCAGAGCCAACUUUCCGAAGCGUAAGCGCCGUGACCGUUUGAAGGAUUUGGAGCGUGAGUCUCCCCGCUCCAGUUUCGUGGACGUGGACGUGGAGACGGCGAGCGAGGCUUCAUCUGAACAGGACUACAACUACGAGUUCGCUCAGAUGGAGGUCAUGAUGAAAACACUGGGGAGUAACGAUCCGAUCCAGAAUGUGGUUCAGGUUCUGGAGAAGCAGUAUCUGGAGGAGAAGCGCUCGGCGUUAGAGGAACAGCGUUUGCGUUAUGAGCGAGAGCUCGACCUUCUCCGCCAGCAGCUCUCUCCAGAAAGACCCUCCCAGCACCACCAGCGCAGUAACAGUGACCGCCUCACCUUCCCCACACACACCUCACACAGCAAGCUGCGCCUGUGGACCGAGGAGAGGGACGAGUUGUUCCGGCAGAGUUUGUCUCGACUGCGAGAGCAGGUGGUUCGCGCUAACACGCUUGUGCGAGAGUCUAACUUCCUGUCGGAGGAGAUGGGCAAACACACCGACUACCAGGUGACUCUGCAGAUCCCCGCGGCGCACCUGAGCGCCAAUCGCAAGCGCGGAGCCAUCGUGAGCGAGCCGGCCAUACAGGUGCGCCGCAAAGGUAAAGGCACACAGGUGUGGACCAUCGAGAAGCUGGAGAACAAACUGGUGGACAUGAGGGACCAGUACAGGGAGUGGAAGGAAGGAGGACACAACACGCCCGUGAAGCCCCACAGCAAGCAGGCCGACCCGUUCUACGAAGCUCAGGAGAACCACAACCUGAUCGGCGUAGCCAACGUUUUUCUGGAGUGCCUGUUUCACGACGUAAAGCUUCAGUACGCAGUUCCCAUCAUCAGCCAGCAGGGGGAGGUGGCGGGUCGGCUGCACGUAGAGCUGAUGCGAGUGUGUGGGGCGGUGCCCGAGCGGCUGGUGGGUGGAGAUGACUCUUCUGAGAAUUCGAGUGAGAGCAGCAGCUAUGAGGUGAUGGACAACAACGGAGAGAUCGUCCACAUGGCCAAGAAACUCACCUGCAGGGUCCGGAUCCGUAAAGUGACUGGUUUGCCUCUCAACCUGUCCAACUUUGUUUUCUGUCAGUACACGUUCUGGGAGCAGGCAGAGCCCGCUGUGGCCCCGCCCAUGGUCAGUCCAGACACACCCACUUCACGUACUGCAGACGCACAGUUUACUGUAUUGUUUGAUCACUGCAAGGACUAUGUGGUUCAUGUCUCUGAUGAGUUUGUGGAGUUUAUCUCAGACGGCGCGCUGGCCAUCGAGGUCUGGGGGCAUCGCUGUGCUGGUAACGGACACGCCCACUGGGAACUGAACACACUGCAGGCCAAAACACGCACACUCCGGGACAGGUGGAGCGAGGUGUCGCGCAGGAUCGAGUUGUGGGUCUCCAUACAGGAGCUGAAUGAGCAGGGUAUGUACUCAGCUGUGGAGCUUCACCCCAACAGAGACAUCAGCACCGGGGGUGUGUUCCAGCUGCGACAGGGUCACUCUCGGAGGCUGCAGGUGUGUGUGAAGCCGGUGCAGCACUCGGGGACGUUGCCGCUGUUAGUGGAAGCCAUUCUGUCCGUCUCUAUCGGCUGUGUGUCCGCUCGAUCCGCUAAACUACAGAGAGCCCUCGACAGCUACCAGAGGGAGGAGGAUGACGAUAUGGAUAGUUAUCAGGAAGAGGAUCUGAACUGUGUGCGUGAGCGCUGGUCCGAGGCGCUCAUCAAACGUCGUGAGUAUCUGGACGAACAACUGAAGAAGAUCAUGAACAAAUCAGAGAAGUCUGAGGAGGAUGUGGAGAGGGAGGCGCGGUUAGUGGAGCAGUGGGUGGGGCUUACUGAGGAGCGCAACACUGUGUUAGUCCCAGCACCUGGCAGUGGCAUCCCUGGAGCUCCUGCUCAGUGGGCACCCCCUGCAGGCAUGGAGGCUCACAUCCCUGUUCUGUUUCUGGACCUGAAUGCUGAUAAUCUGACCGCGAGUGAACAGCUGACCGGGUCUCACGCCGCUGGGGUCAACUCCAUCCUCCCUAAAGAACACGGCAGCCAGUUUUUCUACCUUCCUAUCAUCAGACACAGUGAUGAUGAGGUGUGUGUGACCUGCUCCUGGGAUUCGUCCAUCCAUGACUCCAUCUACCUGAACCGAGUGACCACUCCCGGCGAGCGUAUCUACCUGAUCAUCAAAGCUACAGUGCAGCUCAGUCACCCGGCCAGCAUGGAGCUCGUCCUGCGCAAGAGGAUCGCCGUCAACAUCUACAACAAACAGAGCUUCACACAGAGUCUGAAGAGGAGAAUGUCUCUGAAAAACAUGCUGCAUUCCUGUGGAGUUACAUAUGAAAUUGUCUCCAACAUACCCAAGGCGUCUGAGGAGCCAGAAGAGAGGGAGACGCUGGCAUUAAUGGCGGCACGCAGUGAAGCAGAGGAGACGCAGGAUGGAGAGACGUACAUCGAGAAAUACACGAGAGGAGUUCUGGAGGUGGCAAAUAUCCUGUGCCUCGAGAGACUGCGACAGGCAGUGACGGUGAAAGAAGCGCUCUCAGUAAAGAGCAGACACAUACGGAGAAGCCUGAGCACUCCCAACGUCCAGCAUACCUCAUGUUGUAAGUCAGAUGUGAUGGCGUGUGGUGAAGAUGGAGAAGUCCUGAAAGCUCACUGUGAGGUUCAGCAGGAUGCCUCGGAUUGCUCUCAUCACGAGACGGGGGUCUCCAUGGCAACCACGAAAGACACUCCUAUCAAAACCAAGGACAAUCACGGCUCAGUUCCGGAGAGUCCGGCGUUCUUCAACUCGAGUCCGUUUAAAGCACUCUCUCCUCAGCCGCCCAAGUUCCUCAAAUCCCUGAUGCCUGUUCGGGAGGAGAGCAAAGCCAAGCGUGUCCUGGAGGCUCGGCCUCUGCUGGGGCAGGAGAGCAUGCGCUGGCUAGUGGCUCGAGGUGGCCCCUGGCUCCGCCCACGGGCUCGGAGUGAGGGCCACUGCAGCACAACAAACCAAACCCACCUCAGAGUUGCCCCUACACACACUGCUGAUUCGGAAGAGGAGGAGCCUGAGCUGGAGCGCUGCACUGUUCCCGCCUCAGCUUCUCUUCGUCACUUCCGAACGUACAUCCCUGAGGACUUCGCCAACUUCGAGAUCUACAACGCCAGCCUGUGCGGGGGCGGAGACUUGCCAUCGGGCAUGGCCUUGUUGCAUGGAAACAGAGGGGCGGAGAAGGAAGGGUCUCGCAGUCCCACAGCAAGCAGCUCCACCAGUGGAUACUUCUCCCACAGCACCUCCAACGCUACGCUCUCGGACAUGCCGUUCUCGGGCAGCGAGAGUUCAGAUCGUCUCAGUGUGGGCUCCAGAGACGCCGCCGAGCUCCAGGAGCACGCGAGAAACCCCCUGAUUGCUAAAAGUGCCUUAAACGAGGCCGCUCGCACCCACAACUCACCUUCUCACUCGAACACCAGUCAGGAGUUCACAGACUUUAAAGGCGCCGGGGACGAAUUUGGAGAAGACGAACUCAAGCACUUCGACUGGCACACAGAGACGAAACAUGCCGAAAUUUCCCCCGGACCUCCGGCACACGCAGGCACUGAUGUUCUAGAGGCAAGGUGCCACCUCCACAACGGCAGCGAGGGUCCGUCCUCAUCCUCGUCCUCUCCCGGAACGCCCCCUCACCCCGCCACGGCAGAGGACACGCCACGGAGAAACGGGGCCAGGAUUAGCCCCACCCCCUCGAGCGAGGACGAGGAGGGCGCGCCCGUGGCACAGCUGCCUGACUGGAUGGCACCUGGAGAGCAGGUGUGGGUGGGCACGAGGAGUGGCAUGGUGCACUAUGUCGGCGGAGUCGAGUUCGCCCAGGGCAUCUGGGUGGGAGUGGAGCUGGACUGUGCUGUAGGUAAACACAACGGCACAGUGCAGGGUCGAGUGUAUUUCCGCUGCGCUACAGGUCACGGGGUGUUCGUGCGUCCGGCAGGGCUCAGUAGAUCGCCCGUUUCCAUGGACACCGACCCACAGCUCCGACCCGUGCUGCUGUAGGGAACACACGCCCACUUAUUAUGGGAUGGUUUGGGUUCAGAGCUGAUGUGGAACAGGCUGCGUGUCGAUAUUUAACAUCAUAUCACGAUCAUUUUAAUCCUGCUCCAUGAGGACACGCAGCGCCGGAUUUGUCUGCAAUAACAGAGCUUCCUUCACAGUACAGGGCCGAUGUCAUGACAGUAUCGUGUGUUAAAUAUCAGCGCAUAGCAGAGCUCAUUACUGGCACAUACUUAGCGUAGACUUUCUUUAUUUCCCUGUGUAUUUUUUUAGACUAUUUAAAAAACAAAAAAAAAAGAUCCCUCUUUGAAUGUCAAAUGCACCGUUGCACAAAUUCUCCCUCACAAUAUAUCUUAGUGAUGAUGUUUAAGCUCGAACUUAACUUCAAGCCGCCUUCUGUUUUACGCCUUAUUUUUGCCACUUUGACUGAACACGGCUGAGAGGUGACACAGAUCGGCUUCAGCUGAGCUUCUGGAAAAUUCGCUGGAGUUAAGAAAGUACUACUGUUUAUUCACAUGAUUAUAUCAGGUGUUACCAAAGACGCUUGCUGUUUAAAACUGAAACCUUUUGUGUUCUUAUCGUGUGUGUGUGUGUGUGUGUGUGUGUGUGUGUGUGGUAGACGUGCCAAUAUUAUUGUUAUACACUAUGUUGCCAAAAGUAUUGGGACACCCCUCCAAAUCAUUGAAUUCAGGUGUUGUUUUUCAGGGGUUGGGCUCGGCCCCUUAGUUUCAGUGAAAGGAACUCUUAAUGUUUCAGCUUCAUACCAAGACAUUUUGGACAAUUUCAUGCUCUUUGUGGGAACAGUUUGGGGAUGACCCCUUCCUGUUCCAACAUGACUGCACACCAGUGACCAAAGCAAGGUCCAUAAAGACAUGGAUGAGUGAGUUUGGUGUGGAGGAACUUGACUGGCCUGCACAAAGUCCUGACCUCAACCCCAUAGAACACCUUUGGGAUGAAUUAGAGCGGAGACUGUGAGCCAGACCUUCUCAUCCAACAUCAGUGCCUGACCUCACAAAUGACCGCGCUUCUAGAGGAACGGUCAAAAAUUCCCAUAAACACAUUCCUAAACCUUGUGGAAAGCCUUCCCAGAAGAGUUGAAGCUGUUAUAGCUGUAAAGGGCGGGACAACUCCAUAUUACAUUCAUGUGCAUGUAAAGACAGAUGUCCCAAAACUUUUGGCAACAUAGUGUAUCUCCAUAAUCAGACCAUGUGUUUUCAUCUUUACUCACCAGACGAUUUUUACAGAUCGUCUCGUCUCCUGUGUAACAGUCAGCUGUCCUCAUGCAGUCCUUUAAACGGCAUAAACAUUCAUGCUUUCAUAAAACACAGUUAAACAAAUACAUCUCUUGUCUGAGAUUGUAAGUGUUAAGGGGUGUGGCCACACUUUAGUAGGUCACAUGACCAUACCUGCUCUGUACCUUGUCUCUCUCUUAGAAAUCUGAUUUAACUCCAGUUGCUACUCAGACACAUCUCUGUACGAGCCUGUAGUAUUACUGCCCCCUAGUGGAGAUUUAUUAUUAUUAAUAUUAUUAUUAUCAGCUAAUAGGUGUGUAAUGUAUUGCGUUUAGUGUAAGUGCUGUAUCUUACACACAGACCAUCCUGAAAUGUCAGAAGGGAUUAAAAAAUAAAUUAUUGGCACUUGUCUAGUGUGUGUGUGUGUGUGUGUGUGUGUGUGUGUGGACUGAUCCUCACUUAAGUGCCAUGUCUUUGGUUUCAGCGCCUCACACUUCUCUGAUUGUGGUUAGAAGUUUGUAAACAGGAAGUUGCUUUGUUUUCUUACUGGUUUUCUGAGUACUGUAUCUGUGUAAAGAACUUUAUUUGGGAACUGUUGCCUGAACGCUUGCACUGGAUGGAGAGACGUGUCCUGGACGCACAGAGCCUCCGGAGAGGUUCGGUAUAUGUACGGAGAGAGAGCUGCGGCUCUGACACAUUGAAAGCGGCGUGGUCAGUGCCCUUGUGUGCACAGGGCCGUGCUCGGACUUCACCGAGGACACAACGCCAGCGCCGUUGGACUCAUUGGUCUCUUUUUAACUGCAACAGCUUUUCAGUUUGUUUUUGUUUUUGACUAAUGAGUAAUAUUUUCUUACUUUGUAACCGCAUGUGCUGAGAAGCGUUUUUAUAAUCCGUCACGUCGCUCGCUUCGUUCCUUUAUCACUGUUUUGCGUUCGAUCACGGCGUAACACGUGACAGUCUGCUCGUAAAGGACACAUUACAAAGCUGCCUUUUGUAAAAACAAGCUGAUGUAAUGACGCUGGCAAUAACAACACUGUGUGUUAAUAUAUCACGAUCAGAUCGUAUAACUGAUAAUCAGCACAUGCCUUAUUCCUUUUAUACUCAUGCAACUAAAAACCAAUAUAUUUUUAAAAAGGUGUCAGGACGAGGAGAGACGGACGCACGGCUCGAGGAGUCAGUGUGAGAUUUAUCUGGCUGAAAAGGACUAUCGUGGACGUGUGUUUUAAUGCUGUAACUGUGUGUGUGUGUGUGUGUGUGUGGAUGAAAGAAACCCAAGCCCUUACUCUGGAAGACAAGCUGCUCUCCUUCAUGAGGACUUGUACAUAGAGCUGUAUUUGAACCUAUAUGAUGUACAGAACUGUAUUUAUAUUGUAUCAAGAAAGAAAUGGGUACAGAGAUCUUCUAGAAUACAGAACGUUUACAGUUUA